GCCUGUCCUAAAUACGAACCUGGUGAGAUCAAAACACGCAAUAAUUUGCUGUUAUGUAUUUACUUAAUUUGCUUGUAUUUUGUAAACAAUAUUAGUGAUUGUUUCUCCGUCUUGUAUUCUUGGGUGUUAAUUGUAAACUAUUUAUUUGUCGGCUACAGUCAUAAUCGCUGCGAUUGUGCGUUGUGUAAGAGAUAAUAUUUUUUGUGAAGUGUUUACAUUCCUAUAAUAAUAAUAUUUUAAAUGAAUACCUGGUGAAUAGUGAUGGCAACUUUACCGCGUGUUAAUAAUUCGAAACAUGGAAGUACAACAAUUAAUAACAUUUCCUCUCCGUUUAGUUCUAGUCCUCGAAAAUUGCAACAGAUGGCGCUGCCUACUCAAGAAGCGCACGAUGUUACUUCCGUGAGUGGGAUCAGUAUGAAACAGUACGAAGAGCAACUCAGUAGUCUUAAAAAAGAUAAUUUUAAUCUUAAACUUCGAAUCUAUUUCUUGGAAGAGAAAUUGGGCAAUGGAUCUCCACCUGCAGAACAGGGAUUGCUAGAACAUAAUGUAAGGCUUCAGGUAGAAGUUGAAGAGCUUAAAAGGCAGCUCAAUGAUAAACAAGAAUUGUUGGCGGCUGCAGCAGAAGCUAUCGAUGUCUUGGAGAAUCAGGAUUCAGUUCAACAUCGUGAACAAGAAAACGUCGAGACACAAGAAUCUGAAUCGGCAGGGGAAUACUUGGCUGAAACUGUGAACUAUAAUGACAUGGAUCAAGUAACAAGACUGCAAAAAGAAAACCGUAAAGCAUUGCAAAUGAUAAAAGAGUGCAUGAAAAAGAUACAGCAACAAGAUAAACAGAUCAAGAAGUUAAAACUGGACAAAGAAGUAUCAUACGCCCAAGUCAGUGAUUCACAAAUAGAAAAAUACGAAGAAAUAUUGAAGUGCAAAGACGAACACAUACGGGAUUUGGAAAGUAAAGUGAGGGUCUUGCAAAAUAAUGCGGAAGAUGGACCGAACGGGGACUCAGGAAAUUUGCAGCAACUCUUGACACGACGCCUGCAAGGAAUGGCGUAUUUUUUGGAUAAACUAUUAUAUCAUAAGUGUGUCCUCGGUGAAGAUAAGAAAAAAUUAGCAGAAAGUAUACUGGAACAGAGUCUCGCGCUACCUGUUGGCUUAAAACUGGACGAGUCUAUAGCUCCUGAUGAAUUUACAUUAGAUGAAAGCAAUCUGGACAUAUCACAAUCUAUGAGAAUAGAAGAAUUAACUAUGAUGUUUGGUCACCAUAUGACUUGCAGCGAUGAUCACAAAUACUCGAUUAGUAGAACGCGGCCAUACCCUAAAGCUGAUAUUAUGUCUGAAUCAGAGUGCUGGUCGGAGCCGGAUCGAGAUGUCUCUCUAGCUAGAGUCGGGCUCGAUGUGUCAGGAGUUGUAGAAAGAGAAUCGGCAUCAGAUAAUAUAAAAAGGUCAAGACGCUCAAGGCUUUCCACGGGUCCUAGGACUGAAGAAAAUAAAACAAACAACCAAGCGGUAAUGAGCCAAUUAAAUGAUAUGACCGAAUAUUGCAAGAUAUUAAAGAAAGAAAACAGUGAGCUUAAAAACGAAAUAGAUGUGAAAACACAACAAAUUGAUGAAUUGACCAAUGAAAGGGACAGUUUAAGAAAUUCACUUGAAAAUGAGCGGGUAGGACUGAGUGAUGCCAAUAAGAGUAUAGAAUUGUUGAAGAAAACUGUUGCAGUACUAGAGUCAAGAAUAAGUGAUAAUGAACAGCGCCUUGCAGAUAAUGUUCAAGUUAUCGAGAAAAUGCGUUCAGAGAGACAGGAGAUUGAAAUGACAUUUUUGGAAACUGAGAGAACGUUACGCCGUGCUGCGGACGAGGCCACCAUUCAGGCUUCUCAAACCGCUUUGGAGAGAGCAAGAGUGCACCACGAUAAGAUGCGAUUAGAAAAAGAACUAGAAGAAACUAGGGACAAGCUAUCAGCUGCAUUGGACGUUAAAUCUCAGUUGCAAAUUGAAUUGACUCGUAAGAUAGCGAUGCAGGCUGAUAACAAAAUUAUUGAAGUGCAUGAACCCUUACUGUCUGAUGAAGAUAGGCCCACCUCUCCGGACCAGGGUAUAGACAGUGAUAGGUUAUCGAGCUUGGAACAUAAUGAUGGCAUAAACCUAUCACCACGUGCACUGUAUGAGGAGAAUGCGAUAUUGAAACAAAAACUGGCCCGAACCAAAGCCACCUUAGCAGAUACCUUGACACAGUUGAAUAUUGCUAAUAUGAAGAAAAGGGGUGUGCAACGCGCUAUUUGCAGAGAAAUACACAAAACGCAGGGAGUACUUCGUAAAGCACGGGACCACUUUGAACAUCAGAAUCAAUGAAUACUUGCCGAUUGAUUUUUACUGACGAUAACUUGCAUGUCAAGUGUUAUUACACGAUAGGACCAGACUACAUGUUGUUAUAUUUACUCUUUUAUCUUACAUCUAAUCAGACUCUAGUUAUUCCCAAAAUAACUAAUGUUAUUAUUAAAAAUAAAUGAGUUUGCUCUGUUAUUUUAACACUAUCACUCAACUAUUGACAUUAAAAUACUAUGUACCUGUGUUCCUAAUAUUCCUAAACAUAUUAUUAUGAUUAAUGUAGUUUUAUGACAUGAUUGUGUUAGGAAUCUCAAGUAAUGCUAGUUCCAUUAACUUUGAAUGUCUUUUAAGAGUAUAUUUUGUUUGCUCUGAUUUGGUCGCAAACGGAUUUAUUAAGAAAACAUAAAAAGUAACAAGAACAACUACUAGUGUAAAUACUGUAUUAUGUUAUGAGUAAAGAAUUAAGUUGUGUCUGUGUUAGUAUUAAUUUAUCUUGCGUUUGUUUUAAUUUUUAUAAUAAAUCAGUUACUGUGCUGUGAA